AUAAACGCUCCAAAACGUUUCCUUGUCUGCUCAGAACAGUCAACUAGUCCUCUCUCUCUCUCUCUCUCUCUCUCUCUCUCUCUCUCUCUCUCUCUCAGUCUUUUGAUCAAACACACAGAGCGCAGUCGAAGAGGAAGAAACAAAGAAACCUUGAAAAUGCAUUCGUUCGGGUACAGAGCCAACGCGUUACUAACCUUUGCCAUAACAAUUCUUGCUCUUAUGUGCGCCAUGGCCUCUCUAUCCGACAACUUCAACACCCCCACUCCCUCUGCGCAAGUCCAGGUACUCAAUAUCAACUGGUUUCAGAAACAGCCCAACGGCAAUGACGAGGUCAGCAUGACACUGAAUAUAUCCGCAGAUUUACAGUCCCUUUUCACUUGGAACACAAAACAGGUUUUUGUUUUUCUAGCUGCUGAGUAUGAAACACCGAAGCAUUCCUUGAAUCAGAUAUCCCUAUGGGAUGGUAUCAUUCCCUCUAAAGAGCAUGCGAAGUUUUGGAUUCACACAUCAAAUAAGUACCGAUUCAUUGACCAGGGAAGCAAUUUGCGUGGCAAAGAAUAUAACCUUACCAUGCAUUGGCAUGUUAUGCCAAAGACUGGCAAAAUGUCUGCAGAUAAAAUAGUCAUGUCGGGUUACCGAUUGCCUGCGGAGUAUAGAUGAUGCCUCGUCAUAUUAUUUUUUUUUGUUGUAACGUUAAACCCUUUUUUAUGACGGAUAUAGAAGGUUAGUUCAAAGAACUAGAAUGAGGAAGGGAAUUUGUGCUUUGGAAAGUGAAAUCAAUUGCGCUUGAAUGAACACUGAAACAUCCCAAGUUUGCUUUCUGG